GGGACUUGUAGUUUUCCUGGCAUCAUUUCUGCCUCCUGGACUGCAUUUCCCAAAAUGCAAAAGGAGCCAGCCCGUCGCGUCGUCAGACGUAAAGUGUUCUUUAAGGUGUGGAAGGUUUCUUUCUCUCUAGAACAAAGAUGAAUUGUAGGUGGACUCUCAGGGCAGCGAAAGGCCGCUGGGUGGUGAACAUCAGCCAGCAGUGCUCACAUGGAUCCAUUGGGUUAUUUGUGCCACCAAGUCCACCUCUAGACCCUGAGAAGAUCAGAGAGUUACAGCGCUUCAUCACCCUGUCCAAGAGACUCCUAGUGAUGACUGGGGCAGGAAUCUCCACUGAGUCGGGGAUCCCAGACUACAGGUCAGAAAAGGUGGGACUCUAUGCCCGCACUGACCGGAAACCCAUCCAGCAUGGGGAUUUUCUACGGAGUGCUCCAGUCCGCCAGCGGUACUGGGCAAGAAACUUUGUCGGCUGGCCUCGGUUCUCCUCCCUCCAGCCUAACCCUGCACAUUGGGCCUUGAGCAACUGGGAGAGACUCGGAAAGCUGUACUGGUUGGUGACCCAAAAUGUGGAUGCCUUGCACACUAAAGCAGGGAGUCAGCGCCUGACAGAACUCCAUGGAUGCAUGCACAGGGUCCUUUGCUUGAACUGUGGUGAACAGAUUCCCCGGGAGGUGUUACAAGAGCAUUUUGAAGCUCUGAACCCCACCUGGAGUGCUGAGGCCCAUGGCCUGGCUCCUGACGGCGACGUCUUUCUCACAGAGGAGCAGGUACGGAGCUUUCGGGUCCCGUCCUGCCGAUGUGGAGGCCCCCUGAAACCAGAUGUCGUUUUCUUCGGGGACACAGUGAACCCUGACAAGGUUGACUUUGUGCACAGGCGUGUAAAAGAAGCUGACUCCCUCUUGGUAGUGGGAUCGUCCUUACAGGUUUACUCUGGUUACAGGUUCAUCCUCACUGCCCGAGAGAAGAAGCUCCCAAUUGCAAUACUUAACAUUGGGCCCACACGGUCAGAUGACUUGGCGUGCCUGAAACUGGAGUCUCGCUGCGGAGAACUGCUGCCUCUAAUAGACCCCUGCUGACCACAGUCUGAUGCUCCUGAGUCAGAAACUGGGACUUUCACUGGAAUCCUGCUCUUAAAGAUCCUUGAGGAUUCCUCCCUCCUUCCUCCAACUAACCAAAGCUUGCUGAGUGCAGCCUGUAGAGGGCAGCAAACCAGCAUCUUUCUCCCAGCCUGCCUAUGAACUGGGCAAGCUUCAGUCAGGCUGAUGAAAUUUGCCCCUGAAGAAAGAAUUUUUCAAAGCAGCAGCUUCUAUUGAUAGCUUCAUAUAGGGGCCUGGCGAUCUCAGCAAAACCCGGAACCCAGAGGCAACAGUAGCCGGCCAAUCCUAGGAAUUCCCUUACUUCCAUUCGGGAGGUGGGAGUAGGGAUCUUCAGGACAGUUUCUUUUCUGGCAUCUGAUAACCGCCGCUGUCCGCCCUCCAGGAUGUAUCCCAGGUAACUUACCCUCUCCCUGCAUAUCUGAGCCUCCUUCACGGAUGCCUGGUACCCCAAGGCCCCCAGGGUAGCCAGCAGGUCCUGGGUCCCUUGCUCACAGUCCUCGGCCGUGUCGGCAGCAAUCAGGAUGUCAUCUACAUACUGUAGGAGGGUGAGGCCAGGGUGCUCCUUUCUGUACUCGUGUCCAGGUCCUCAUGUAGUGCCUCGUCGAAGAUGGUGGGCGAAUUUUUGAACCCCUGAGGCAGCCAUAUCCAGGUGAGUUGCCCGCUGUAGCCCUCCUCCAGAUCAUGCCACUCGAAGGCGAACAAGGGUUGGCUUUGGGGUGCCAGCGGCAGACUGAAGAAGGCGUCCUUUAAAUCUAGUACAGUAUACCAGACCCUGGAGGGCGCCAAGGAGCUCAAGAGACUAUAUGGGUUGGGAACAGUUGGGUGUAUGUCUGUGACCCUCUUAUUUACUUCCUGGAGGUCUUGUACCUGGAGGUCUUGUACCUGGUCUUGUACCUUGUACGUGGAUAGUCAUUUGUGUGACGCUUUUUGACCAGCAGUAGGGGGAUGUUCCAGGCAGACUGGCAAGGAACUAGUACCCCUAGGCUUUGUAGUCUCCAGAUGUGUGGCUGGAUCCCCUUCCGGGCCUCCUGAGACAUGGGGUAUUGUUUGAUCCUUACCGGACCUUCUCCUGGCUUGAGCUCUACCAGGACCAGGGUCCUGUGAGUGGCUAGUCCUAUCCCCCCCCCCCCCCCCCCCCACGUCUCUGCCCAAACCGAGGGGAAUUCUUGUAGCCAUCUGUCUAUAUUAUCCUCUCUCGGGAGUGCCUCCUGGAGGCGGUAUUCAUCCUCUAGUUUCAUGGUCAGGACCUGAAUGGGGUGGCCCUUGCCAUCGGUGACCCGAGGCCCCCCCUUGUCUGAAAGUUAUCUGAGCUCCAAUCGGGUCAGUAAAUCCCAUCCUAACAGCGGGUGGGGGCAUUCUGGUAUUACCAUAAAGGAGUGGGAUACCUGUCUCGUCCCCAAAUCUACCGUUCUUCGGGUAGUCCAUGAAUACUGACUCAUACCAGUUGCCCCUUGUACCCAGGACUUCUUGCUGGCUAGUUUUCCUUGUGGGGUGCGGAGGACCGAAUGUUGCGCUCCAGUGUUGACAAGGAAGUCAACAGGGGUCCCCUCCACUUUAAGAGUUACCCUGGGCUCAGGGAGAGGGUCCAAACCCCAACUGCCCUAAUCACUCAGUUCAUCUAGCUCUAAGACUUUUACUCGAUCAGUCUUGCUUCCCUUCCCGCCGGCCUUUAUCGGACAAUCUUGGGCCCAAUGCCCUAUCUCCUUGCAGUAUGCGCACUGAUCUUUCUGCAGCCCCUGCUUCCCCACCUUGGUGGUUCCUUUACCUCCUCUUGAGUCGUCUGCCAGCUGCCGGAGACAGCGGUCUCAUUCCUCGGGGGAGUCAGCAGUGGUAGCUAGUAGUAUUCUGGCCAGGUCUCGAGUCUGCUUACUGCUGGCAGCCGCCAUGGCACGAGCCUGCUUAUCCUCAGGAGGCUCCCGGUUAUUAUAUACCUUUUUGACUACCACCAGUAAGUCCUGCAGACUUUUUUUCUCCUAGUCUAUCUAUUUUCUGUAAUUCUCUUCUAAUGUCUAUGGCCGAUUGGUUUACGAAGGCCAUGAUAACAGCUGCCUUGCUUUCCGGAGCCUCUGGAUCCAUGGGGGUAUAGGUAUGGAAUCCCUCCAUGAUCCAUUCUAAAAAGGCAGCCGGAGAUUCAUCUUUUUCCUGUUGCACAUUUCCUACCUUGGCCAAAUUGGUUGGCUUUCUAGCAGCCAUUCGGAGACCCCCCCCAUUAGAGUCUGGAGGUAGACCCGGAGCCUCUCCUUACCUUCUGCCUUGUUGAAAUCCCACUUGGGCCGAGUUAAGGGGAAGGAGGCAUCUAUCUGAGCCUGGUUGGUGGUGGGAUUCCCGUCUGUGCCCGGAACUAGUUUUCAGGCCUCAUUGAGGAUUCUUUCUCUCUCCUCAGUCGUAAACAGGACCUGCAAAAGCUGCUGGCAAUUGUCCCACGUGGGCUGAUGAGUAAAAAGAACAGAGUCUAAUAAAUCAAUAAGCCCUGCCGGUUUCUCAGAAAACUUAGGAUUCUGAGCUUUCCAAUUGUAGAGGUCACUAGUGGCGAAAGGCCAAUAGUGAUGGGGCUGAUUCCCCUCCACGUCUGCAGGUCCUGUGGCUCGCAGGGGCAGAGUAGUGGAGUCGGAGGCGGAUUGCUCCCUCUGAGCCCUUUGUCUGGUAAAGGGCGGGCUUCCCACUGGAGCAUUUCCGCCUCCCGCUCUUGGAACAGUGUCUGCCUCCCCCGGAGGGGGAGGAUGGUGUUCUUCCAGCAUCCUAGGGGGGUUAUACGGGGGAGGAAAAAUUAAUUCUUCUUCAGUCCCCCCUUGUAGGACACGGUAGAGGGGUACUGAAGGCUGGGUAAGACUUUUCUUGUUCUCCUUCUUCUCUGUCCCCUGCAAAGCAAGAAUGGGUUUCAGCUCCAGAGGGCGUGGAGCUAGGAAGGGCUUAAGCCAAGAGGGUGGGUCUUCUACAAGGUCCUGCCAAGUGAUAAUGUAAGGGAGCUGAUCAGGAUGGCCCGUCUUAGGCCAAGAGAUGAUACCCCUGACUCGGUGGAUGGUAGGGAGGUGGAAGGUUCCCUCUGGCGGCCAUCCGACACUGAAACUGGCCACUCGCUAGAACAAAAAACCUGCCACCGACGCUUUCGGACUUCCACACUGAGGUUGUUAGCUCUUCCCCUGACAUCCUUAAAGUGAUCAAUAGAGGAGUAGUCUGAGUCUGUCCCAUAACGUCCGUCCAGUAAGUCCACAGAACAAAACAGAGAAACACAGAAACAGACAAACAGAGGGCCCCUAGAAACAGUCUUCCAACUCCGUGGAAGCAAAACUGAAAGCUAGACAACGGCCUCACACCGACUGGUGGGAGUGACCCGCCUCGUCUCAGAUCUUUGAGGGGAAUCCACGUCCCUCCAGAAAGGAGUAUCGGAACGUCUUCCGAAACUCCCGGCCCGUGGUCCUCCCAUGUGUCCACUUAGACCGCGCCGGGCACUACCAGAAUUUAAGAAAUUAGCUCACACAGAAGAGACAGGGAACAAACAGUCACUAACCGUGGCCAGUCAGGCUCUCCGGGUUGGGGGCCCCUCGGGGGUCUUGGGGACCCCGGAUGAGCCCCCAAAUGUUAUGCCCAGAAUUCGUGAUCCCCAAAGACCACCAGGGAGCCGAGUCCAAUGCAAAAGCUAAGAGCCUUUAUUUGAGCUAGCUUGAGCUCAAUCCCCUACCUGCACCGACGCAGCGAUGAGAUGCCGGAGAGAGAGCACGAGUUUCAAAAAGCACAAAGGUUUUAUAGGGAUCUAGGGACAGUUGGUGGGGGUAAUGGUUGUUCCCUUAGCCGAUUGGCUGGGGAAGGUUCAGAGUCCUGAUGCGCAGGUUGCCCGGCAUGGUUUGAACGGGAAGUUUGAACAGGUGAGCGGGAAGUUACUCAAGGAGGCGUGGUCUGAAGUUUGAGUGGGAAUUUCUUUCUGCAGUUUUCCUGGAAAGGGGGUCAUGUCGGGGACAGUCACUCAAGAUGGAGGACACAGAACAAAAUGGAGUCGGCUGGCCUAGGUCCGCUCUUUCACUCACCUCUCUCUUAAAUAAUAGAAUUUAUUAAGCACACUAUACCCCAAGCGCUAUGCGAAAUAUCUUACAACACGUUUGCUCACUUAGUAAGAGUUAACCCCACAAGAGAUGCUUGGACACGCAUAAGAAUCAGUCUUCAGUGAAUGUCAGACUUUUCCUGAGAGGAUCGCUUUAAGGAUCAUUAGGAAAUUCAACACUCCUCUAAGCAGGGUGACCAACUGUCCCAUAUCGCCCAGUAUUGAGGGGGUUUCCUGGGAUGCAGGACUUUCAGUGCUAAAACCAGGAUGAGUCAGUUACUCCACUCCUAGGAAUAGCAGAGGUUGCCACCAAAUAUAAAAGUUGAUUCCGGAUACAUUAUCCUUGUUGAAAUUCAAGAUGGGUGCUCUGAGAUCCAGAUUUUUAAAUUUUUGAUGUCACAAAACAUAAAUUCUACUUCAUGAAGAAAAAAAAAAGAAACUCGUCCAAGAAAGGACAGUGGGUUUUUUAUUAGAAAAGGAAUUAUAGCAUGGAAUCGAAACUCUUAGUAUAUAGACAGACUUGGAUUUCCAUCCCUGUUUUGCUGUUUACUAGUUAUGUGAAUUUGGGCAAGUGGUUAAUCUUCAAUAUCUUUAUAAAUCAGGAUGCUAGUAGCUACCUCAUUAGGUUGUUAAUGAAAACCUAAAAAGGUAGUGAUGCAUCUGAAGCUCAUAGCCCAGUACCGGAGGCACGUAUGGUAAGCAGUUAUCAGCUGCUAUCAAUAGGCUAAACCUUGGUCUCCUAUUUGAGUACUCCUUUAACUAGACUCCCAUGGAUCUUCUCCAGAGCCACAUUUCCUUUGUGUGUAUCUGUCUUUCAAAAAGAAUUUACAGAAGCCAAGUCUGGCUUGAUACAAUAACGUCUUUCUAAAGAAAAUAAAGAGUAUUCUUCCAUUUGCUUCCCCUUGGGAAAAUAGUAUUUAUGAACAGUAACUAUACAAUAAGCAUUUCUGUAGGAAGCAUUUUACAAGGCAUUGACUCACCCAAUUCCCACAACCCUCUGAUCUGCACACUAUUAUUUCUUUUGAAAGAGGAGGAUCCUGAAGCUCGGAGAUUUCAUGUAACUAGCCCAAGGUCACCUGGCAUGACCAGGCCAGUAAUCAAAUCCCGUCCAUCCAGUUCUGAACCCUCUUUCUUUUUUUUUUUUUAAUUUUUUUUUUGACGUUUAUUUAUUUUUGAGACAGAGAGAGACAGAGCAUGAACGGGGGAGGGUCAGAGAGAGAGGGAGACACAGAAUCGCAAACAGGCUCCAGGCUCUGAGCCAUCAGCCCAGAGCCUGACGCGGGGCUCAAACUCAAGGACUGUGAGAUCGUGACCUGAGCUGAAGUCGGAUGCUCAACCGACUGAGCCACCCAGGUGCCCCUGAACCCUCUUUCUUUAAUGCUCUAGAAACCCAAUGGGGUAACUGCGCAACUGUACUUUGGAAGGAGGGCAAGGCUCAAGAAACUUCUUGAGGUGACUCCAACAAGGUCCUGGAAAAAUGAAGAGGCAAGCACCAGGCGGGAAAAGGGGGAGCAUUUCAAAUGGAGGUAACAACAAAGGCAAAAGCAGGGAGGUCACCUUUUUUUCCCCCCUCUUGAGAGUGGGGGUUGGGGAUUCAAGUGCGGACUUGGGGUGCAAAAACCCUUGGUUCGCUCAAUAUCCACUCGCCUCUCUCCUCACCCCAGUUUGGCUCCCUGCACCCCAACUUCCCGGCCCCCUCGUCCCUUUCCGGGAUAAAAGCCCGGAGGAGCUACCGACCGGAAACUGGCAGGGAGGCUGGGGGGAGGAGGGGCGUGUGUGGGGCCGAGAGACAGACCAGGACGCGCAAGGCAGGGAGGUGGGACCCAACGUCAUACCCACGUGAGUUCGCUCUUUUUUCACCCUGGGCCCUCCCGCUGUCUUUCCGGCCGUAUUGUGACCCUGGAGAGCAACGCACCUAAGACCCAGGAAGCGGCGCACGGGGCCGUAGCCCGCCACCUCACCCGCACGCCGGCUGGAGCAACCGUUACUAACCACUGCGACUGCGCCUGCGCUGGCCCCGGCUGACGCGCGAGGACGCCAGGCCAGAGCCUGGGAGGUGCGGAGGAUCACGUGAUCUGAAAAGGUAAAUAGAGCCACGUGGUUUUUCCUGGACUGCUGCAAACCUUGGCGCCAAGAUGUACCCUCGUUGAACAAUUACUUAAUGAACGUGUGUGAGGUGAGAGAAAGAGCUCGCGCAGGAUUGCGGGAGAGGCAGAGAGAGAGAGAGAGACAGCCCCAGCAGACUCUGCACUGUCAUUGAGGAGCCCGAUGUGGGGCUCCAACCCAUGAACGGCGAGAUCAUGACCUGAGCGGAAACAAAUCAACAAUUUAACGCUUAACCACCUGGGCCACCCAGGUGCCCCUUAUGUAUUCAUUUCAGUCUCAGCCACUGUACUAGUGUUUCCCGUAUUACAUUUCCUGUAAUGAGUACCCAUCAGAUGCUCAUGAAAAGAUUACUAAAGGAAUUUGUUUUCUCUCUCCCUCAGCCCUUGGGGUAAUGAAAAAGAGGUAGGUUUUUACCUACGAGGAUAGAUUAUAUAUUUUGAUCUGGCAAUAAUCAGUGGCUAAUCAUUAUUCAGGUCUUAACGGUGUUCACUUCCUAGAAAUAUCCCUGUCAUUCAACAUCCAAGGCUAAAACUAAUGAUGCUUACAAAGAACUAGGAAGACACUUAGUCAUGUUGCAUAGACAGAGGAUAAAACAAUAUGCAAACGUGAGGCUUUUCAACAAAGUGCUUUAUUGGAGGACACAGGGUAAAGUGAAGGGCAUGAGGUGGGUGGAGAUGAUGCUCUCCAGAGGUGACACUCAAUUCUUACAGUACUUCUUGGUGUCCAGGUUCUUGUGCUCCUUGUUAUAUGGGGCCUUUGAAAAGCA